AUGGCGGAAGCUGCUGUGAUAGAUCCCCUCCCAUGCGAGCGGCGCGACGAGAAUGAAGCCUUCGACGCUAAUUUCGCCGGCGGAUUCGAUCCCCUCCAGUUCCCCGACAUACCGGCGGAUAUGACCCUCACGCCGGGGUUCAUGGCGGAUCUAGAUUUCGACGCCGAUCUGGAUUUCGAAGGGGAUCUGGACUUCUCCGUCGCUGAUCUCCUCGAUAUUCCCGAAGUGGAUGAUGAUCUACUCGACGGCCAGGCGACGGGUGGCGCUGCCCCCUUUUCUUCCUCCGGCUCUGACUGCAAGGGAGGAUCUGGUAUGUCUUCUUCGUCUUCUGCCUCUGGAAACGUUGACGAGGUGAGGCCCGAGAGAUUGAGGAAUUUGAACGCGCCGUCACCGGAUUCUGGGGAUUCCACGACGUGCCCCGCGGGUUUCCGCGAUGCCUCGUCCCUGGCCGACGAGGGACGGGUGAAAUUGGAAGAUGAGGAGGAGAGGAAGGGAUGGGGUGUGAAAAGAAAGAAAGGAAGAGAGGACGGAGAGGUCUCUGACACGAACAUUAACGCCAUAUCCAGGAGCAGUAAGUACCGGAGAUCGGGAUCCUCCGACCAGGGUACUUCGUCUUGUGUUUUCAGCGCGGUAAAUGAGGAUGACGAAAAGAGAAGAACACGGUUGAUGAGGAACAGAGAGAGCGCGCAGCUCUCCAGGCAAAGGAAGAAGCAUUAUGUUGAGGAACUGGAAGAGAAGGUGAGGUCCAUGCACUCUACGAUCACUGAACUUAACCGUAAGGUUUCCUUUAUAAUGGCGGAGAAUGCUACCUUGCGUCAACAGUUGGGUGGCGGAGGGGGUCCGGGAAACUGUCCCCGUCCGGCUGUCUAUCCAACACCCCCUCCGAUGACAUCUAUGCAUUUUCCAUGGAUUCCAUACUCCGGCUAUCCUGCGAGACCUCAGGGUGCUCAAGUUCCACUGGUUCCGAUACCUAGGUUGAAACAACAGCAGGUUGCCUCGGCCCCGAAGCCCAGAAAAUCAGAGAGCAGGAAGGCAGAGAGCAAAACCAAGAAGGUCGCAAGCGUGAGCAUCUUGGGCCUAUUGUUUUGCAUGCUGUUUGUAGGAGUUUUUGUCCCAGGAUCUAAAAAUACUGAUGGUAGAAGUAAGGAUCUGGUUUGGAAUGAAGAAAAGUUUAGUAAUGACAAAGCCAUAGACCGCCCGAGAGGAAGAGUUUUGGCUGUUAGAGGUAGUAUAAAUAGGCCUAAUAUAACGGAUAAAGUUGGAAUGAGAGACCAAAAGGAGCAGACUUCACACCAUGUUCCUGGUCUCCCGGGGAAUGCCAGUAAACCUCUAUUUGCUUCCCUCUAUGUUCCAAGAAAUGACAAGCUCGUCAAAAUUGAUGGUAAUUUGAUAAUCCAAUCAGUCCUUGCCAGUGAGAGAGCUAUGGCAAACUCAGGAUCUGCGGCAAAGAGUAGUUGUGGUCAGCAACAGUCUGAAAAAGAACGUAAAGAGACCAGUCUGGCGAUAGCCGGGACUCUGGGUUUAGCCUUACCUGUCUCAAAAUCUGGAAGAGAGAUGGAAAGGCAUGCUCACUUGUAUAAAAGCAUAGCUGAAUAUCAGAGGGCACGUGCUUACGCUGCAAAAGAUAGAUACAGGGAUGAUUCAAAACCAGGCCCUGCUGAUGCACCAGUCAAAGAAUGGUUCCAGGAAGGUCUGGAAGGUACAGACAAGCUUAUUUCUUUUUCUCAUUCGUCAGUCUGCAUGCUACUUGAGCUGGCUGUCAUUUUUCUUUUAUUACAGAAAUGCUCAUUUAAUCAUGAUGCCAUAGCCUUCAACCAUGCAAAAUCAGUUUGGAUGUUUGACCCAUAAUGCUUCACUAUGGUUGGCCUCUUAUUCCAUCGACAUUUCAAUCAAAACUUGGAAGUUGGUUGACUUUUGAAUCUUUUGCUGUAUCAUCGAGGUUGGCUAGUCAUUAAAAUAAAAGACACCGUUUCAGAAUGUUCUUUCCAUUUGGAUUGAGCCUUUCUUUUUAGAGAAAACUUUCAUGUGGGUUUGCGUUAUCCCCUAUAAUUACUACGAAGGAGAAGGGGAGGGGGAAGAAUAAAGAUGACUCGUUCUAAAAUGACCACAUAAGUUGUUGGAUAAUCAUGUAGUAAAAUCAACUCAUGCUAGAAAUGACAUUGUCACAAGAUUCUUGGACUUUUAGCAACCAGGUUUACUACAGCUUUCCAGAUUAAUUUAAUGCAAACAUAUUCAAAUGGUCCAUCUGAUCUGCUAAUCUAUGUGACAACAGUAACCCUCCAUCCCGAAAUUAAGUAUACUAGAAUUAUCUAGCAGUGUGCUGUUAUUAUACUCUCAGCAUUAACCAAUACGUUAGAUUUUACUGUUGCCAAGUGUCUGCAUUAAUUUUGGCCUAAAAAUUUACCAUCUUUUGGAUUUUUAUUCUGUCGGACACACGUUGGAGGUUUUGUGAAGCAUUAUUUAAGUUAGUUAUUUGAUUUAAACUAUUUGUUUCAAUUUUAGAUAGAAUGAAGAAAGCAAGCUUUAUGGUUUUCCUUUUGUUUUUUUUGUAAUAAUGCAAUUGCACGUAUUGAGCUCCUCAGUUGCACAACUUGGCUCCUCAGCGACAUUUUUGAAAAAAAAUAAAUUGAGGAACAAACAAGGUUUUUGAUUUCCCUAUUUUAGAGGUAUUUCGAAAUCCGGUACACACAUUGAGACUGCAAUCGCAUUGCAAUUACUACACUUGCUUGGCGGAUGAAUGUUUCUUAAUGUAUCUAGUUUACUGCAUUUACUAGAUAUGAAGUUGAUCUUCGAACUCCCAAUCCCGCCCAAGGUUUAGGUGGCACUCGAGCUCAAGAAAAUAGAACUUGGAAAAAAAAACUACCACAAGAACAUGUAGUUGCUUCUUGCUAUACGAGUUUCUGCGCUCAGGUUACACCACCAUGAAGAGAAAAAAAAAAAAAAGGCUUAGUACUCUGCCAAAUAAGGUAUCCGUCCAGUGGCAAACAAAUAAUCUUGACCCAGAACUUAAAAAGAAUAUUGUAGUUGCCUCAUGUUCUCAUGCAAGAAAAAAAAUGCUAAAUUAGUCUUGUUUCCACAGAUAAGUGGGUAAGGUGGAGUCUUGUUCUUGACUCACCAUUUUCUAACGCUCAUCUACCCCCCCUCUCCCUACGUCGCAGGGCCCAUCUUGAGCUCAGGGAUGUGCACUGAGGUAUUCAGCUUCGACGUCAAUCCAGCGACCACCGGUGGCAUCAUCCCUGCUGCGGCGGCCACCGCCGCCGCCAUGAAUCGCACUGCCAAUUCAUCUCACCCUGCCAAGACGAGGAACAGGCGGACCUUGCACCCGCAUUCCAUGCCAAUUCCUCUCCCCGGCGCCGCCCCACAGAAUGGAACGGAAGGCGGCGGCGGCAGCGGCAGCAGUGGCCGGCCGGCCUCGCCGGCGAUGGUGGUCAGUGUGCUGGUGGAUCCCCGAGAGGCGGCAGAGUUCGAGGGCGUCAUCGCCCCCAAAUCCAUCUCCCGGGUCUUCGUUGUCGUGCUCCUCGACAGCGUCAAGUACGUCACCUACUCCUGCGUCCUACCCUUCAAGUCCCCCUCCGCCACUCACCACCUGUAA